AACACGGCGCAUUUACGCCCACCCACGACGCGCUGCCCUCCCCCUCCACCGCCGUUUCUACUGACUCCAUCCUCCUCCUGCUGCUCCAGUCCAGUGCUCCCUCUCCAGAUCCCAAAUCACCAUCGUCGCCUCCCUCCCCUCCCCUCCCCUCCCCCAGCAAGCAAGCAAGCAAAAACCCCGCGCCGCCGCCUGCGUCGCCAGCCCGGCGCCAUGCACCCGGCGUCCUCUUCGUCGUCAGCGGCGCACCCGCCGGACGGCGACCGCGCGAACCCCAAGGCCCCGCCGCCUCCCGGCCCGGCGAUGGGCUACCCGGCCAACGCCGCGCCCAACCCCAACAACGCCAGCUCCGCCUACUACGCCGCGGCGCCGCCCCCCGUCGCCAACGGCAACGGCACGGCCGCCUUCGGGGUCGCCUACCCGUACCCGGCCCCGCCCCCGCACCACCAUCCCCACCACCACCACCCGCCGCCGCCCCCGUCCUACCACCACUACCACAACCACCACAACCCCUACCAGGCGGCCCCUCCGCCGCCGCCCACCUGCCUGCGCCGCCUCCUCGCGCUCGUCGUCGCCGCCUUCCUCCUCCUCGGCGCCGGCACCUUCAUCGUCUGGCUCCUCCUCCGCCCGCGCGCGCCCGCCUUCUCCCUCUCUUCACUCACCCUCUCCCGCGUCGCCUAUUCCCCGGCCAACUCCUCCCUCUCCGCGGCCUUCGACGCCUCCCUCCUCGCCGACAACCCCAACUCCAAGCUCACCAUCUCCUACUCCUCCCUCGUCGCCUACGUCGACCUCGCCCCCUCCUCCCCCAUCGCCGUCACUUCCCUCGCGCCCUUCGCGCAGGGGCCCCGGAACGCAACCACGCUCGCCUUCCGCCUCGACGUCGACGGGACCUACGUCGGGCCCGACGAGGCCGCCGCGCUCAAGAGCGGGAACGGGGGCACCAUGGAGGUCCAGGUGAGGCUCGCGGCCAUCGCCGUGUUUGAUAGAGGGGGCUGGCGCACCCGCCGGAGGGCCAUGAGGGUGCUGUGCGAUGGAGUGCCCGUCACAUUCCGUGGCAAGAACGCCACCGACGCGAAAUUUGAUGGCCCGGCACGCCGCUGCCAAGUCGUCUUGUGAAGGAUUGUUCACGCCUGUCAACUACUCCAGAUGAUGAUCUGAGGGGCCACCUUCAAUAGGUACGAGAAGGUAGCUGAUCUUAUAAGAAGUUGGCCAGCCACUGAUUCAUGAGUGAUAGCUGGGUAACUUACCUGCCUGCCAAUAGAAUCCAUGACCAGGAAGAGUCUGAAAUGAUGCUUAAUUGAUAGUAUGUGACUUUUUCACCCGUCAUAUCAUAGCUUCAAGAUGGGUGUACAUUGAAUAUACCGAGUGUGCAUGUGGGAAAUGCUUGGCAAAAAUGAUUAUCCCUGGUUGCUAACUUCCUCGAAAUGAGAACCUCAAUCAUGUAUGAAUCCUUAGGGGUGGGCUUCAUACUUCAAUGUACCUCCGCUUGAAACAGGCUCUAAUCACCUAUUGUGCUUAUAUUUGAA